AUGUCUAUGAUAUUCCACGUCCUCAGCGCAUGGUUCGCUUUCUUCCUGCCGUCGUACUCCACCUUCAAGGCCCUCAAGCAUAGGCCCCUGUCUGAGCCGGAUCUCACACACUGGGCUACCUACUGGACCGUGAUGGGCAUGUUUGUCGCGAUCGAAUACGUGGCCGAAUGGGUUGUCAGCUGGAUCCCCUUCUACUGGGAAAUCAAGACACUCUUCCUCCUCUACUGCUCUCUUCCCCAGUUCCAGGGUUCCAGCUACAUCUUCCAGACCUACCUCGAGCCGUUCUUCACCCAAAAUGAGGCUCGAAUUGACGCCACCAUCGCCUCCGCCCAAACGGAGUCUCUCACCUUCCUACGCAAGCACCUAGCGAACCUUAUGGAGAUCGUCUUCUCCCUCCUCAACAAGACGCCCAUCGCUUCGAAGCGCUCCAGCGCCUCCCCGCAGAACGGAUACUCCGCUCCCGCCCCCGCGACUCCCCCGCUGAACCGCGAACCGUCCACUGGUAGCGCCUCUGGCUAUAAUCUCGACCAGUGA